AUCUUUUGGCCAAUAAUUAUAUUGACAACAAUAUUCAAAUAAGUUGAAUCCAGUUAUUAAUUAGUUAUAGGAGUUCCCCUACUAAAUUUAUCCAUUAUUAAUUAUGGUGCAUUAGAAAACAGCUGAUCAGAUGUAAACAAAUAAGAAUGCUAGAGACUGCCGUGCAACUUCUUGUCGUGGGCCUGCUGUGGGGCGUUACCAAUCCGUUCAUCCGCCUCGGCAGCCAGGGAAUCGAGUCGCUCAGAGAUACGGGCUCCAAGUGGAGGAACUUCAUCCAGGAAGCUCGCACAGUCGGCUCCCGUUGGCGCUAUUGGAUACCCUUUGGACUCAACCAGUGCGGAAGCGCCCUAUACGUGUGGACGCUCCAAAGUGCCAGCAUUACGGUGGCAGUGCCAGUGGCCAAUUCCCUGAGUUUCGCUUUCACAGCAAUAACUGGCUAUGCUCUGGGCGAAAAGCUGCCGGGAAAGAACCCUUUUUUCAGAAAUCAUUCUGGGUACUCUGCUCAUCUGCUGUGGCAGUAUUCUAAUGAUCUACGACAAGAUCCUGCAAGAACAGGCGCAACAGCAACUAAAUAUAACAUUCCAAUGAUCUUACCCUAAA